GUGCUCAGUCUUUAGACCUGACAGUGAGUGUGAACAGUGAGCUUUACAUUCAGCACUAAGAGGAGGAGGUGUACUGAGGCACUGAAAACAAAGGCGUGGUUUUGGUUCCUCUGAAAACAGAAUUUCCUCAGUUGCAUUUCAUUGAGGCCAGAAGCGGGUUGUAGUGGUGCACACAAGCAUGGAUUUUGUAGACCCAAUCCUGAGCAUAGCGGAGAAGUUGUAUGAUCUGUGUAGCGAAGUGAAAGCCAACAAGAAGCGUUGCAGGCGUCUGGCUGAGCGUGUGUCCUCACUAGUGGAGCUGGUCAAAGUCGUGAAGAGCAACGGUUUGGGCAAAAAUCCAAAUAUAGUACAGAGAGGCUUGCGCGAGCUUAAGCUUACUUUGGAGUCGGCUGAAGAAGUUGUGAAUAAUUACGCCUCAUCCAGCUGCCUGAAACGCAUUGUGAAGGUAUAUGACCUUGGUGAAGAAUUCGGGACCUUAAACGAGCGUCUGAACGAUGCGGCACAGCUGCUGUCACUGGCCCUGCAGGUGGAGCAGAGAGACAGGAUGGAUAGAGUCUUCAAAGAGGACAGAAGGAGGAAAGAGGAUGAAGAUGACAGAAGAUACGAUUAUGAGGAGCUCCAGAACUUGCUUCAGUCUUUGGCUGAUGAGAAGGAGAAGACUAAAGUGAGUGUGGAUGCUGUGCAAGUGACAGUCGAACAAACUCAGAAAGACGUUCAGGACAUUAAAGGCAUACUGGAAUCGUUGAGAAGACCCAGCCUUCAUUUGCAGGACAUUAGAGAGAUCAAACCUGAGGAGUUGUCCUUUGACUUUCCCAUUGAGCCAAUCAUGAAGACUGACAGUUCCGAAUUGUUCAAAGGAGAGUAUAACAAGUUCAAUGUGGCCAUCAAGAAAUAUGCGUAUCCAGGGAGCACCAGCCCAAAACAAGUGAGGAGCAUUUUUAAUAAGGAAGUGGAGACUAUGAAACGUUUUGAGUCACCCCACAUCCUGAGGAUGUUCGGGAUCUGCGUUCAGAACGAGAAUAGGCCAAAUCCAACCUACCUUAUAGUGAUGGAGUUCUGUGAGAAGGGCAAUCUAAGAUACGUGCUUGACGGUCCCAGCAAACUACCCUGGGAGAGAAAAAUUCGCAUGUGUCUAGAUGCAGCACAAGGACUAUACAGGCUGCAUCAGUCAGAGGAGAAAUUUAAGGUGCAUGGUUGCCUCACUAGCAGCAAGUUUUUAGUGGCAGCUGGCUACAGAAUAAAGCUUGGAGGAUUUGAACUGGCAAAGACAGAAACAUCCCUAAAGAACAGUAAGGAGAAGAAGAACAGCUCGAUGACGUACAUUUCUCCACAGCAGCUGAAAGACAUAAACCAUCAGUAUGACAAAGCCUGUGAGAUCUACAGUUUCGGCAUUGUCCUGUGGGAGAUCGCAACACGGCAAAUCCCCUUUAAAGAUUGCUCCUCUUAUACUAGCAUCUAUGAGAAAGUGUAUGUGGAGAAGGCGAUGGAGCCGCUGCCACAUGAUUGUCCCAGGCAGCUCACGGAGCUGAUUAACGCCUGCCGUUCAUUUGAGGACUUCACGAGGCCUUCUGCUGGAGUGUUGGUGGACAAGCUACGUAAACUAGCACAGCAGAAUGAAGAGGACUAAAGACAAGACACAGCCACAUCUCGCACACUUUUGCUACAGAGAUUAAGAUGCUCUAAAUCAGAUAACUUCACUAGGAUUGUUUCCUGGACUCAGCAUUAAAUCUUCCUGGAUAUCGCUUUUAAUUUAUACUGCCAAUCAUUGAUAAAUGUGAAAAGCCUAUGCUAUCAAUACACUAUCAAUAGAUAUAGUAAUAGGCUAACAGCUUCUGAAGACAAACAUGGACACUAAGUGUAAAGUCUGAUGGCAUUUUUUCUCAUUCGUUUGAAUAACACAUAUUGUAUAAAUUUGCACAACGAACUGAAAUAUAAAUACAUUUGGUGUUUGGUUUAGUCAGUCAAGUGAUAAAGAAAAGAUGUCGUGUUUUUGUGGGACGGUAAUCAUCAGGGGGUGGUGUGAUGCUGUUACGACCCUGAAGUUGUUCGUUUUCCAAUGUGUUUUCCUUGUCUUGCUUCUUUUCUUCUUCUUCUUUUUUUACCACAGUUUUAUCUAUUUACUGUCAUGAAACAUCCCUGAGACAAGCUAUUAUCACUUACUUAUUGAUCUUUACAAAACCCUGACACCCAAGACUCCUUCUGUAACUAUUAAAUAGAUAUAUUCUUACAGAAAACACAUUGUUUUUUCAUCAUUAUACCUAGAUUACCUUGCACAUUCACCAUACAAGUCCCUGUGAAUGAUCCUUCACUUUAGAAAUGCUAAUGCAUUAAAACGAGCUGAUUAACAAGCCUUUAAAGAAAAUGAAUAAACAUCUACUGAUAAAUCAGAUUUAUGAUUUAAAUAAGCAAUAAAACAUGCUGGGAACUGCUGUUGCAACACUAUGAGGCAAAGUUAAUAAUUUUCCAAUCAUGUCCCAAAGUGUUUUUAUUUCUCUUAUUCCACCCUAAUAUGCUGGUGAUUGUAACUGAGUAUUAAUUGUGGAAUGACACAU